AACACAAAUACAAAAAAGCCUAAACAGCUUUUGGCAGUCACUGGGUCUUACUCAGUAGAGGACCUUCAUGCACAGAGUUGCAAGCUGCUGGAAGGAUCUAUUACAUUGAAAAAAUUAGGAGAAGGCACAGUGUGACCAGACUGCUGCCUGAAAGGGAACAGAGCUGAGAGCACUGAGGACUGUGAGCAGAGCCUUCUGAAUCAGCAGAGCUCAAGAGGAAACCAACAUGUGGAAGAAGUCAAAGGUGACCGAACCAACUGCCGAGGGGCAGGCGGGCAUUAGGAGGAGGUCGAAAGUGCCCGGUGUCAUGAUAACACAGUUUAAAGAGGAACUUCCAGAGGGAAUGUCAACUCCAGAUUUCACCCGAAAACCCAUCGCUCUGACGAUUCAAGAGGGUAAAUAUGCAGUCUUUAAAGCCAAAGUUGUGGGCACCCCAACACCUAGUGUAUCAUGGAGAAGAGCAAAUGGAGAAAUACAUUAUCACCCAGACGUGUGCCAGCAAAAGUAUGAUGAGACAACUCAAGAACAUACCAUUGAGUUUCCAAAGGUCGCUGCAGAGGAUUCUGACACCUAUAAGUGUUUUGCAACAAAUGAACAUGGAAGAGCUGUUUGCACUGUUGUCUUGAAUGUUUUCGAGGUUGGAUUCUCCAAGGCCAAACUUCAAAAAAAGAUGCUUGUAGAUGAUCCAACAGAGUUAAGAAAGAAACUCAAAAAACGUAACCCUGAUGGAACGCGUGAGGAAAAGCCGAUGGAGCUGGAGGAGAAGAUCUGGGAAAUUCUCCUUAGUGCAGACAAGAAAGACUACGAGCGUAUCUGUGCUGAAUACGGUAUCACAGACUUCCGCGGCAUGCUGAAGAAACUCAGUGAACUUAAAAAAGAGAGAGAGGAGGAGAUUGCAGAGUUUGUUUCACAUAUCACUAAACUGAAACAUAUUGAGGUCAGCGAUGACGACUGUGCAACAAUUGAAUUGGACAUGGACCUCAAGGACCCCAACAGCAAACUGUUUCUAUAUAAGGAUGGUGUCAUGGUUCCAUUCAGCAAAGAAGAAAGUGAAGAACUGAAGCAUAGUUUGAAACAGGUCGGCAAGAAAUACAUCUUUAAAAUUAAAAAACUAGGUUCAGAAGAUGCUGGACUCUACUCAGUGGAUGUUGGGGGCGUCAACGUUUUCGCCACAGAUUUUAAAGUACCUGAGGUUGACUUUGCUGUCAAAAUACAAGAGGUUAAAGCAACAGAACGAGAGGACGCCCUCUUUCAAUGUGUCCUGACUGCACCCAUGAACGAGGUCAAAUGGUAUGGCAAAAGUGCUCCACUGACAAAUAGUGAGAAAUAUGAAAUCACUGUAUCUGAAGACAAGCUUAUCCACAAGCUGAUUGUGCGCGACUGUCUGCCUUUGGACGGUGGUAUCUAUGCUGCUGUGGCAGGAAUCAAAUCCUGCAAUACCUGGCUUGUAGUUGAAGCUGACAAAGAUCCAAAGGGCAAGAAGGGAACUCGCAAAACUACUAUGGCUGGAGGUGGUAAUGAUGAAGAGCUCAUCAGAAUAGCUAAGGAACAGCAGGAAAAAUAUCAGAAAGAGAUGGAAGAAAAAAUGAAGAAGGCACAAGCAGAAAGAGAAGCUGAAGAAGCAGCUGCCCAAGCAGAGGCAGAGGCAAAAAAAAAGGCAGCGGAUAAAGCCAAAGCUGAGGCCAAGGCUGCAGCUAAGGCCGCUGCAAAGGCAAAGAAGGCAGCAGCUGCCAAGAAAGGCGGUGAAGGCUCUGCUGCUGGUGGUGCCGGAGGCGCUGCUGGUGUUGCUGGUGGUGCCGAAGGCGCUGCUGGUGUUGCUGGUGGUGCCGGAGGUGCUGCUGGUGGUGCCGGAGGUGCUGUUGGUGGUGCCGGAGGUGCUGCUGGUGGUGCCGGAGGUGCUGGAGGUGCCGGCGGAGUAGGGGGUGAUGGAACUGUUGGUGGCCAAGUUGCAGGUGCUGGAGUUGGUGGUGGUGCAGGAAGUGGAGCUGGAGGCGAAGGUUUGGGAGAAGAUUUUGAGGGAGAAGACGACUAUGAUUCAUUUGAAGAUUCUGAUGAAGACAUUGAGGGAGGAGGAGAAGUUGGUGGAGAGGGAGGACAAGGAGGAGAAGGAGGAGAAGGAGGAGAAGGAGGAGAGGGAGGAGAAGGAGGGAAAAGGAGGAAACGUGUGAGAGAUGGUCCACUUGUUGAAGAGAAAGCAAUAGGAGAUAAUAAUGAUGAGGAAACCAGAGAUCAACAAGGUGAAAAAUCUGGGAAAAAAGGAAAACGUCCAAAAAAGAAAAAUGUUGAGGUUGAAGAAGCUGUUGUUGACCCAGGAGUUCACUUUCAUGCUGGGCUUUCUGACUGCAAAGCCAAUAUUGGAGAAGCAGCAGAGCUGGAGUGCAAAGUGAACAAGGAAGACUGUGUGGGUAUCUGGUACAAAGAUGGAGAGGAGAUUAAAUCCUCUGAGGGUAUAACCAUUUCAAAAGAAGGCACUUUCCACAAGCUGAAAAUUCACAAAGUUACAGAGGAAUUUGCUGGAAAAUACAAAUUUGAAGCAGAUGGACGGAAGACAGAGGCUGUGAUUGCUGUUGAAGAUCCACCCAGAUUUGAUGCUGAAGAACUGCAGGCUUUUAAAACCCCUGUGACUGUGAAAAAAGGACACAGAGCUACCUUCAAAAUACCUUUUGUUGGAAGAGAACCUAUGAAGAUUCAGUGGUACCUUGACGGUGAAGAGCUCUCAGAUGGAACAAAUAUCAAGAUAGAGCACUCAGAGAGUUCCAGCUGUCUGAUUCUAAACAAGCUGCAGCGCAAGGACAGUGGCGAAAUCAAGAUGAAACUCAAAAAUGAGUUUGGGACCACUGAGGCCCUCAGCCAGCUUGUUGUACUGGAUAAACCCACUCCUCCAAUGGGACCUCUGGAGAUUGUUGAAGCCUGCUCCUCAGUAAUUGAAUUUAAGUGGAGGGCCCCAAAAGACAGCGGUGGCUGUAAAAUUGCCAACUACAUCCUUGAAAGACAACAAAUUGGCCGCAACACCUGGAAGAAAGUGGGGCCAAUUGGUCCAGAGGCCACAUACAAGGAUUCUGAUGUAGACCACGGUAAGAGGUACUGCUAUCGCAUCAGAGUGGAGACUGAAAUGGGCACCAGUGAGCUGAUGGAAACAGAGGACAUUCAGGCUGGUACAAAAGCAUAUCCCGGACCUCCAUCGGCACCAAAGGUUGUCAGUGCCUUCAAGGACUGCAUCACCCUCACUUGGUCUCCACCGGCAAAUACUGGAGGAACCAGUAUUCUGGGAUUCAACCUUGAGAAACGCAAGAAAGGCAGCAACUUGUGGGGUCCAGUCAACCCACCUGAACAAAUGAUCAGAGGUGUAGGUAAAGGAUUUCCAGUUAAAGAUGUGACUGAAGGCAUGGAGUACGAAUUCCGUGUGUCAGCAAUUAAUGAUUCUGGAGCGGGUGAAUUCAGUACACCAUCUGAGUUUGUGUUUGCCAGAGACCCUAAAAAGCCUCCUGGUAAAGUCUUAGACUUUAAAGUGACAGAUUCCACCUACACCACUCUGUCCCUGUCUUGGACCAAACCCAAGGACAUUAAGGAGGUUGAGGAUGAAGCCAAAGGAUACUAUGUGGAGGUCAGGCCUGCAGAAAACACAGAAUGGGAUCGCUGCAAUUCGAAUUUGAUAACCAUGACUACCUAUACAGUGAAAGGUUUGAAGUCAAUGGCCAUGUACUGGGUGAGAGUGAUUGCUACUAAUGAUGGAGGAGAGGGACAGUCACAGGAACUGGAUAAUUACAUCCUUGCUAUGCCCCCUCCGGUGAGACCACGAUUCACUGAUGCCAAAAUCAAGAGUUUCAUGGUGGUGAGAGCAGGAAAUUCUGCACGAUUCAACAUUAACUUUGAGGCUUCUCCUUGGCCUGAUAUCAUCUGGCAGAAAGAUGGAUCACCUGUGUCUAAAAAGGUGACCAUCAGCAACACAGAGACCGGGUCCCAGCUUCUGAUUCCUUCCGCUGACCGUGUAGAUACUGGAAUCUAUACAAUUACUGUCAAGAACGUUGUUGGCCAAGAGGCCUUCAGCAUUGAAAUCAGAGUCACAGAUGAGCCUAAGCCACCUGGUCCUGUGGAUAUCGAUGAAAACGUCCCUGGCACAGUGACCAUUUCAUGGACCCCAUCUCCAGAUGAGAAACGUGAUGACAGGCUGCACUACAUGGUGACUAAGCGUGAUUCAAGUAAAAGACAAUGGCACACCGUUGCAGAUCGCAUCUUCAACAAUAAAUUCACAGCCUGCAACAUAAUGCCAGGAAGAGAAUACCAGUUCAGAGUCUACGCAAAGAAUGACAUGGGUUCCUCCAAACCCUCUGAAUCAACAAAAUGGUUGAUUACUAACAAAAAAGAAAAGUUCAUUUUGAACAUGCCAGAACAAAAGGGCUGUAAUUUCCAGUGUCCUCCCAAGUUCAUUCUCCCAUUGAAAAUGCACACUGCUCCUCAAGGGUAUGAGUGUUACAUGAGCUGUGCUGUAAAAGGUGACCCAACACCUCAUGUGACAUGGUACUGCGACAAUAUUAGCCUGAAUACCAACACUAAUUACUUAAUAUCCAACACCUGUGGAGUGUGUUCUCUGCUCAUAUUGAGGGUUGGACCUAAAGACACCGGGGAGUUCAAGAUUGUUGCAGAAAACUCAAUGGGGAGGGCAGAGUGCACCACGAAAGUGGCAGUCAGAGAAUAAACACAGAAGAUAUAAAAAUUGCUUAGAAAAUCAUAGCAGAGGUCCUUGGAAAUUUACAUACUGCAUCUUUAGAGUUAAGCAACCCCUGUAAAAUGUAGAAAUACUAGUUAACGUUGCCUAUGAUCAUAAUGAUUAGCUAAGCAUUUAUUCAAAGUUAAAGUCACAAUAAGGUGUUAGGCAUGCACAUAUUGCUGACAUAAAAGCCCCAAACUUGUUUUUGUUUCUUUUGAUUUCAAAUGUGCAAUCUCAAUAAAACUGAAGCUUCAAAUACUAA